GUGACUGCGCAUGACCGAAUAAUAAUAUGGAGUCUGACGAGUGGCACUUUUGGAAAAAUGUCAGAAAAAAUAUUAUUUCUACAGCUAUAUCGCCUGUCAAUGAAACCAUAAAUUAGACACUUGCAUAUUUUAUUAUUGUGGAAAUGGAUGCAACUGUUAAUUCAGAUGUGUCGUCCACAAGUACGUGUGAAAAUGACAAAAUAAACAGUGAAAAAUCUGAUCAAGAAAACUCCCCAUCAUCAACAUCAAAACAGGAAGUAAACAAACAAGUUGUUGAAUUGCCCAAUGAUGACACUCGUAAAGAUGAACAAGUUCCUGUUGAACAGCUAAGUAAUGAUGCAAAUGUUAAUGACGAACAAGUGAUAGCAAACGGUUGUUCAAAUGCAGAGAAACAGACAAAAAAGGGAAAGAAAAAUGUGUUCUUUCCAGUUGAUGCGACUAUUGUUAAAGGAUACUUAGAACCUCCAGAUCCAUGGAAAAAUGUUCCUGACUGGAGAACAGAAGAUCUCCUGAGAGCUUACAGAAAAGGAUGUGAAAAGCAUGGAUCCAAACCCCUCAACAAAAUUUUACAGCAGCUUCAGUGCAUUGAAAAUGUUGGUGAAAGAUAUGAAAUCCUUAGCUUGAAAGGAGAGCGUUUAGAUUUGAAACAAGUGGAAAGUUUAGAAGAUAUAUUUAAGCAUGUGAGAUUUCGAUGUAUUGAUGUAGAAGCUACACAUCUUGAUGAUGAGAUGGCUGUUGCUCUGUUUGAGAUGGUGGAGUACUACGAGUCAGCCUGUAAACUGAAUAUAUCCUUCAACAAAGGUAUUGGACCUAGAGGAUGGAUGUCUUGCUCUAAACUUGUUAGAAGGACCCCAUGCCUGACAUUUAUUGAUGCACGAAACUGUGAUCUGAAUGAGAGAGUAAUCCCGAUAAUGGGUCGGGCGUUACGUAUGGGCUGUUUCUUACAGCGUCUCCAUCUGCAGAAUGCUGGUCUAGCAGGCAGAGCGCUUGUUAUUCUGGUUGCUGCUCUAAAGAUGAAUGAGAUAUUAAAGGAGUUGUUUCUUGGAGACAACAAGUUUAUGCCGACUGAUGGAGUACAGAUAGGUAACUUGCUGAAAUACAAUCAUCGACUUGAACUCCUUGAUCUCAGGAACAAUCACCUACAGGAUGUUGGUGUGGGCCACAUAUGUGAUGGUUUGUCAGAGCAGUGCCUGGAUACAGGUCUACUCACACUUGUACUGUGGAACAAUCAGAUCACAUUCCAGGGCAUGUCUGCCGUUAAUAAAGCUUUGACCUCAGCAGAACACUUAGAGACAUUGAAUCUAGGACAUAAUCCCAUAACCAAUGAAGGUAUCCAUAUACUCAAAGAUGGACUGCUAAAAUCGAAAGGUCUUCUCAAACUUGGGCUGUCUGGGACUAAAGUAUCAUGUGAAGGAGCUGUAGCCCUAGCAGAAGUGAUAGCAGACAACACAAGGCUUGUGAGGUUGGACCUUCAGGAGAAUGAUAUCAAAACAGCAGGCCUCAUGGCGCUCUCACUGGCACUUAAAGUGAAUGAGAGUAUUACCAGACUGGAUAUUGACAGAGAAACAAAGAAAGAAUCAGGUGUGAAAGAUUAUGCAGACCAACAGAAGAGGUUACAAAAAGAUAUAAGUUGUUUACUAGAGAGAAACAGGGACCUAAUGCACAAACGAGAGGAGGAGCAGAGGCAGAUUGAACUUAAAAACCAGGAGAAUGCACGGAAGCUGCAAGAGGCGGCAUGUGAUAUAUCGUUCGAGGAAUCACACGAAUACAUUCCGUCUGGUGAUGGUAUACAUAGACCGAAGCUAUUGUUCUUACCAUUAACACCUUUGUGUCCAGAACGUGAACUGGAUUCUCCUGUUUUAGGGGAGGAGUAUAUUCUUGAAGCCACGCCCCCAGCACAGACUAUACAGUUAGCUCCUCCAACUGGGACUGACUUACUCAGUCCACAGUACUGUCCAAACCCCAAAGCAACUGCCAAAAAGAUAUUUUCGGUGACUCGUGUAGCGAGCCCUACUGGCUUGUCCCCGCAGGGAAGUGAUUCUUCCAGUGGAUUUAAGUUUCCAAAGUUCAGUUCGUCAGUAGCUGAUGUGAUAAAUUCCCCAACACAGGUUCAUCCCCCUAUGGGACGAGGUGCGGACUCUUCCACUUCACAAGUGUUACCUCAUCUCGUUCCACCACUACCAACUGUUGACCUGCCAACAUUAACCACGCCCAUUCCUCUGUCUGUGGAUAUGCACACCGCAGGCGACAAAGCAAGUCCCGGUUCAUUACAAAGAGUGAUAGAAGACCAAACUCUUGUUUCUUACAUACAGCAAAUUGUUGACGACAAUGCUGUCAAGGUGAAUGCAAAAACAGAUGAUAUAAGCGACCAAUCUAAACCAGAAGAAAAGAAGAGUGAGGUUGUACAUAAUUCUACUAACAAUGCAACUGGUAAAACAAACCAAAUGACUUCUGUAACAGUUGAAUCGGUUAAACAAGAUUCUUGUGAUAAAACUAGUAAUGAUUCAGACAGAAGUGAUUCUUCGGAAAUAAAUGCUGAACAACAAACCAGUAAAGUUAAAGUAAAAUCUUCAGAGAAAAAGGGAGGAGAAAAUGCAGAAAAAAGCAGAGAUGACAAGAGUAAGGAUGAUAGUGAACAGUUAAAUGAAAGCAGUACAAAAACUGACUCCUCUUCAAAAUGUGAUAUUUUGCCAGUUGAAAACAUUCCUGAAGCCGAAGAUAUUAUAAAACCAGAAGUAGAGACUCAAAGCAAAAAAGAGAAACAACAAAUAAAAUCAGAUGAAAAUUGUUUGAAAACUGAAAGUAAAGCUUGCUCAAAGACUGCUGUGGAUGUAGACAGUGCAGGUUCUAGUCAAGCAGAAGAUUUGUCCAUAUUGGACUGUGAUUCUGAUAAAUUGCAAAAUUCGGAACCGAAAAGUUUGUCAGAGCUUGAUAUGCCGAAUUUAUCAGAAAAUUUAUGUGAUGAUGAUACUAAAGAGGAUGAUAUGAAUGGUGAAUUUGUUGAUUGUUUAGACACAGAAGAUAAUGUUUGUGAUACUGAAACUGAUAAAAAUGUUGUAAACCGUGAUGGCAAAGGACAAAAUGGGAGUGAUAAAGAAAAUGGUGAUUCAGAACCAUGGAAUACAGUUAAUGAGUCAGACAUAGUUGAAAGUAUGUCGUCUGUUCAAAGUUCAGAUAGUUUACACACUGGGAGCAAUAACAAACCAGACUUCCACACAAAUCUUUCAUUUAAUGGAUUAAGACAGGAGUUGGCCAGUCUAAUAGAUGAAGAAGUAGGGAGUUCUUCUGGUACUCAGUCCCCUCCUGCAAACGGAAUAAUUCUGAAAAAUGGUAAUACAGAUGCAUAUACUCAAAAUGGUGCGGAGACGAACUCUGAUUGGCUUGAUACAGCUGCCAUGGAUACAGGAGCCUCAUCUUGAUGUUUGUCACUUUUAACGCGUUUAACGGACAACAUUUUGAUUAAAACAGCAAUGAAGUGGAUGAUGCAGACAUUUGAAAUAUUUUCUUGUGUUUCAAACUUUGCUGGAAAACUACAGAAGAUCGCAUUCCUUUCCGGGAGUCUAUUUAUCUGUUGACAUCAGUUCGUAGUUAUGUUGAUGUUGUGCUUGUUAGCAAGGCUGCUUCAAGACUGUUUUGUUACCCAGUACUUAGAAUAAUUAAAUGUUUUCACUUCAUGCAGGGAGGUUGAAAUUUCAAUAUGGGCUUAACCCUUAUCCUGCUAAAUAUCUAUAAUGAACUUGUCCAUCUUUCAAUUUGGACAGCACUAUUAACUGUUAAAAGGGGUGCUUACCAAAAAGAUACUGAAAGAUGGCUGAAUAGCGAACAGUGCAGAUUAUGUUCAGACUGCACGGAUGGGCUACAUGUGUAUUUCUAAAAAAAAAUUGGUCAGUAAGUCAGAUGUCUCACAAUGAUUUAAUAUAUAUACAAGGUGUUAAAACUUAAGAAAUAGCUUUUACAUGUAUGUUAUGAACAUACAUGUAUAUUUUUAGUUUCCUAGAUACAGCAAAGUUCAGAAUUUUUACAUAUCAAACACGUUUCAGGGGUCUACCGUAUAUACUCGCGUAUAAGGCGCCCUCGCUUAUAAGACGCAUCCUGAUAUUGGACUAUCGAUCGGGGAGGUUUUGCACUGACCCUCGUAUAAGACGCAGUCAUAUUUUUAUACAAACUACAUCAGAAAUUUGUAGAGAUGCAUUAUUUUCCCCAACAUUCUAUGAUUUGCAAUAGAAAAUAGCAGAAAAUGGACAAUUUUAUUGUAAAAAUGCAGAAUUUAAAUGAAUUAGUAACAGCGGAAAAAAGGUUAAAGAAAGGCCGAAAUUUUGACAAUAUUCGCCGAUUUUAUUUUUAAAAGAACUUGCAGACUUGUUUUAUAUUAUGUUAAAUAAAAUAAAUUAUUUUAAAAUCAAUUUCGUGUGUAAAAAUGCAAUGUAGUAACUUCAAAACGGCGGAAAAUUGACGAUUUUCGCCGAUUUUAUUUUUGAAGGAACUUGAAAAUCUGUUUCAUAAUAUGUAGAAUAAAAUAAAGUAUUCUAAAAUCCACUUUCAUUGGUAAUAAUGUGCACAAAAUAUCUCCGAAACGGGAGAAAUUACGUCUAGAAAUGUGACGAUAUUCGCCCAUUUUACUCAUAAUGCUUAGAAACGCUGAAUGUUCGGCCAUGUUUCCAUAACAGUAACACAGAAUGUUUAGGAAAAUAAUGUAUUUCUUGAAAUUAUUCGAGGAUACGCAAUUUUUAAAUUGCUUUCAAAGGAUCUCCAAUACAUGUUUAGGAUUUUUCAUUCAAACAUGCGCUGCAUACAAUGAGAAAAUUAAUGAGGAUAAAAUAUCCUCACCAAUUUUCCCAAAGUAAUUAACGUUCGAAAAAGCAAACAAACAAACAAAGCAUAUUACAUAUUUUAAUUUUAUGUGACAUACGGUAACUAAUAAUGCAUUAAUUUAUCACAUAUUUCAAACACACAAAAAAAACUGACAAUAACGUAUCGAUUGAUUACUGAUAAGAUAGCAAAAAAGGUGGCGAGAUUAGGAUACAUGUACUUUUAUGGCAGUAAAUCUGACACAUUUGUCAAUCAAAUAUGGAUAUGCCCACUUUGAAAUGUUAUCCAAUCAUAUUCCAGUUCCGAGUAGCUAGACAUCCCUACUGUACCUUCAUUUGACUAGAGGGCAGAAUUAAAAUAAUUGCAGCCGACUAUUCUAUGAAGUCGCCAAUUAACAUCAAUCAGUGUUUAUGAUACAUUUAUUUCUAUACAUGUGUUUAUUUAACAGUUUGCACCUUCAGAUGAUUUAUAAUGGGUGCGUUUUAACAGUUUACACUUGCAACAAUUAUAGGUACCGUAUCAUAUGCAAUUGGGGAUAAUUAACUUUUAAUAACUCUGUUUGCGGGCGGUGAAAAAGUAUUUUCUUUGCUCAAUUAUAUCAGUCAUUUCCAAUUUAAGUAAAGCUAAUUCGUCAGAUUUUCUGAAAGAAUUUUUGAUUUUAAAAGAAAAAAAAAUACAUUUGUAAGUAAAAAAUACUUCAGAUAUUAAACUACCAAAUCGUAAAGUAAGUAAAUAAUAGAUCGUUAUUGAGGACCGAAACACGGUGCUUGUCCGUUUAGAUUUUAAUACCGAUAUGCAAUGGCUGACGAAAAACGUAAGUAGCGGGUUGCAGACUCGGAAAAAAAAUACAUUUAUAAAUAAAAUAUACUUUCGAUAUUAAUCUAUCAAAUCGUAAAAUAGGUAAAUAAUAAAUCUUUAUAGCGGACCGAAAUACGGUACGUGUCCGUAAGGUUUUUACAACUGCUAUGCGCAAUGGCUGCCGAAAAACGAAAGUACAUGUCUGCAGACGCGGAAAUGAGAUGUCCUGAGCUGUAAACUCGGGACUUUUUUUAAAUUUUCACUUAAUUUUCUUGUAGUAUUCGCUUAUAAGACGCAUGCCCUUCUAGGAAACGAAGAUAUGAUCCCCAAAACUGCGUCUUAUACGCGAAUAUAGACGGUAGCUAGGUCCAAUUUUUUGGGAGAAGUCACUUCUCCCUCAAGCUGAUUUAGGGAGAAGUGGGGAGACUUUAGGGAGAAGUGGGAAGACUUUUCCUACCGCAAUGAUGUUGAGUGAUUUGAAAGGUGGCUGUAAUUACCUUGUUUCUUGAUAAAAAGUAUUGAUGUGACCAUUCAUUUCCUUAGUUAGGUCAUUUCCCAUACAGUGGUUAUUGUUUAGUUAAAAAAAUUCUGAAAAAAGUCGUUUUCAAAAUUCAAGCCGAUUCCGUAAAUAUAAUCCGCCAGAUUUUGGUUAUAUCUUGUAUGUCUAUGUCUAUGUUAUACUGCUUAACAAUCGUUAUCGAUUAUAACUAGCAGGCGGAUGUAUGAAAUAAUAUGAUUGUAUGAAGUGUUUAUUAUUAACACCGAGUCAUUCACCGAGGAAUGUCAGUCUCUCACUCGAAUAAAACUGAAAGUAAACUGUGUAAUCUAGAAAUACAUAUUCAAAUAAAUUCAUCGAUGGAAGUCAAUUUAAACAUAGUUAAUACAUUACAUGUCGUUCUUUUAUCAUAGAUAACAAAUAAUUGUGUACCAAAUUCCAAUUAAUCGCAUGGUUAAUCAGCAGUUUCUUUAAAAAAAAAACUUUGUUUUUUGCACUCGAACAUGUUGACAAUUAAAAACGAAGUGUCAAAGACGUAAACGCGACGCUAAUUGGCUGAACACAAUCAACGAGGUGUAUUGGAUAAUUUGAUUCGCUUUCACACUUCUCGGGAAAAUCUCGCAAGUACCUGAAGUAGGCGGAGCUUAAAUUAUGCUACCGGCGUGUGUUUGUGUAUUCGGCACUCGUUAUGACACCGUGUAAAUUGUCCAGGUAGCACUAAUUAGCGAGUGCGGAAAUCAAAGAAAAUCGGGUGACUUGCAUUUCGCUUUGAGGUUAGAUUUGAGCGAAGUUUGAAGUUCUAGAGCGCCUAUUUCGCUCAAGUCGCCCACUCGCGAGAGCCCUGCGUUAUAUAUAUAUAUAUAUAUAUAUAUAUAUAUGUGUUCAUAUAUAUAUAGUGAAAUACUUCUUAUACACACAUAUGAACAAGUAUGAAAUCUCUAGGUCAUACAAAACAUUGACAGACAAAAUACCAACACAGUAUUUCAUUGACAUUACAGAACAUCAACCCAACAAAAAACAAAAGACAAUUGAUUGAAAUGUCCUGCUGACGAACUGUCACAGUCUGACCAUGUUUAGUGAUAAUAUUAAUUUAAUUUUUCUUGGCAAUGUUGAAAAGUUCAAAAGAAAAAAAAUCUUAAUAAUAAAACCUUUUGUUCAAAGUUUAAAGGGAGAGAGACUGACAGACACAUAAGAACCCCCACUCCCGCCCCCACCCACAACUCUACCAACA